GCGGGAGAUUUGCAGGAAUGGCGGGCGCUUGGUCAUCUAGUUGUUGCAAAGGAUGUUCUUCUACUAGCUGUGCGUGUGGCGGUGACAAGGGCAAGUGGGGCGACUCCUCUCUGUUGGGCAGGCGGCUCUCGGAAGACUCGAGCCGUCACCAACUGCUGCGGAAGUGGGCAAACAUGUGGAACUCCGUGAGCGGGGACGCGUCGGUGCCCUGUAUAGAGGGGACGCGGCGCGAGGAGGCUGCAGACCCCGCCGAGGAGGAGGACAGGCCGCUGGUGUUUCUGUGCUCCGGCUGCAGGCGGCCGCUGGGCGACUCGCUGAGCUGGGUGACGAGCCAGGAGGACACCAACUGCAUCUUGCUGCGCUGUGUUUCCUGUAAUGUUUCUGUGGAUAAAGAACAGAUACUAUCCAAACGUAAAAAUGAAAAUGGUUGCAUUCUGGAGACUCUAUCCUGCACAGGAUGCUCGCUCAGGCUUGGCUACAUAUACAGGUGCACACCCAAGAAUCUAGAUUACAAGAGAGACUUGUUUUGCCUCAGUGUUGAAGCCAUUGAAAGGAUGUUAAUUGACUUCUGCCAUUUUGCCUUCCAUGCCAUUUUUCAGAAAUAAAAUCACUAAGGCUUCCAAGGAAAGCUUGACCUUACUUGACAAAAGAAGUGACCUCCUGAAGUUGCUACAUGUGAUGAAGGACUUUGGAAGAAAUGCAAAUUAAUCAAGUUUUCUUUUUGGAGAAAUACUAGCCCCUUCUUGUUUCCCAUUUAGAUUUACUAGGUUACCAACACUGGGCCUGUUUUCCUUGUUUCCAGGCCAAUAUUUAUCUUAUCUCAUAUUUUCUACACCACAGCAUCUCCUAACUCCAGAGAGCAGAGCAAAACAUAACUUGGAGGAUAACUGUUGGUGUUGCCAAAUCAAAGUAACUGAGAAUUGACUCCAUACGUUAUUUACUAAAGGUCAAAUUUGAAAGUACACAUGUUCCCAACAAGUUAUAGAAAGCAAAAAAGCAGUGGCUUCUUCAGGAUCUUUUAAAACUUUUUAAUCAUAGAAUUUUGAACUAUGAGUGUGAAUGUUUUGCCACUCGGUUAAUUAAAGAGUAAGGUUGUGCCAGUAAUGAAGUACUUAGAAUAUUGGACAAUAUGUAGGAAUGCCUGGACCAAGGUGUUAUGGAGAAAAACUCGAUUUUUUGUGGUACAACUUCCUGUGUGGUUGCUAUUAACAAAAAUAGUUAUUUU